UUUUGUGAGGUUUGCGAGCAGCAAGUCAGUAUCGACACAGACCUCCAAAUUAGUGAGGAACACGCGUUUGCCUGUUGUAUCCUGUUUGCCUUGCAUCCACGAGAUAAAUAUAGAUGUAUUUACACUGAUACCAAAACAUCCUGAUCAGCUUAUAGCCGGUAUCCAUGCGUCCUGAAAGGAAUGGCAGACGAUAUUUAAUUUUGUCAGUCUUCCGCAUGACGCGUUUUGGUCGUUUUCUUUGAUUCCAAAUUUGGAAUUUGAAUCUGAGAUGGUUGUAUAAGUCACACAGAGGAAGGCUAAGGAAACACGUAAGCAGGUGACAACGAUCAACGGCCAUUUUUUCUUUCGACAAUGUCACAAAUCGUACAGACUUUUGAGUUGCAACAAGUUCUUUGCCUCAAAUUCAACAUGUUGUCGGAUACCACAGAUAUUGGCAGUUGGCACAGGGACUUUCAAGCUGCGUAACAGUGUACGUGGCUAUGUACCUAAUGCGUAUCGUCACGUGAGUGAAUCACUAUUUCGACAUCCAUGCGUGUCAUACUCUAAAUGCUCAAUGCAUUCGACGCAGCUGCGGCUGGAGUACCAGACCUGGUUUUUCAUUUCAAUGCCAGUGACUAACAAGAAAACUGAAUGCUAAAUUAAAAGAGUAACUAAGUUAGUUUUACACUCUGCACAUAGACAAACAAUGUAUUUUGUGGCCAUGGGCUUUUCAAGACCCGCCACACGAAAAGCAGUAAAUCUUGUGUUAAUCAACAUGUAAAUGGAUUCUCUCGUGGUUUUGACGUUUAAGAGGACACGGGUUGUGAACAAAGUUCAUUACUAAUUGGAGAACCGGAAUCUUUGUGGAUUUUCCCUUGUUUUCUAUCGCCUUAUCGAGAUGCACUUGUUUCGAAGGAUACGGCCAUAAUUUUAGUCACAAAUAGAAAGUUUUAUGGGGGAAAAGAAAGUAAAAGCAAAUAGUAUGCGCCCUCUGUCAAGCUUGGUGUAGUAGUCGAUGUUGGUAUAUAGACGCACUUACUUGCACUUUUCUCCAUAUUUCAUUCGGAAUCGACGACGUGAAUUCCUCUGUGUUGCUCAAAAGUCAAAUAAUUUGUGGAUAUUAUGGAUAUCUUCGGUAGUGCAUUGAUUAGUCCAACUGUUUCCUGGGCUGUCAAUCGCAAUAUCUCAUCAAAGAGUCUCAAACGAAAUCACGAACAAGAGGAUGAGGAUAAUGGUGAACCCGAUCAACAGGAACGAUCGGAUAAAUAUUCGAAUUACCGAACCAGUGAUUUAGCGGAAAACCUGUUAAACAAAAGGUUUUCGCUCCGGGGUAAAUUCAAAGAAUUAUUUCGCCGGGCUGGUGGUUCUUCCGAAGAGUCUCAGUCGCUGCUCAUUACUAGCAGAUCGAAAAACACACCAAACAUCCCACGUGAUAAAAUCAAGAUUGCCGGAAAGCGAUUGCGGAAAGCGCUCCAUCAGUCAAUCAAAUAUAUGGCCAUUGGGAUGGAGAACAUGGGCACGAUGAUUUACAUUUCAACUAAUGUACCCAGUUCCGUGUAUUACUGUCGAAAUAAUACCAAUUAUGACCCAACUAUGCCUUAUUAUUAAAGGCAAAUCAAAGGCUUGGAAGCUAACACCACCUAUCCUCAAGUAGGCGAACUGAUUUUACCCCCCUUUUUUUUUGCUUCCAGAAUUUCAGAUUUUUUAAACUUUUGACGAAAAAUGAUAAACAACUCAUACGAUCUUUUCAUAUCAAUAGUGUAGCAAAAUAAACGAUAUUUCUUUGUUUUGUACAAAUA